AUCUUAUUAUCUAUGCAUUGCUUUUAUCCCAAAAUAAUAAAUAACUGUUUUUUUAAUAACUUUGCGAUUGAGUUUUUAGCUUUUCUAGCAACUACUCAUGAGCUUUGGCCGGUUAUUACAUGAAUCAAGUUUAAGCGAUGUAAUAAAUAGAAGAAAAACUUGGCAUUUCGUAUGGUUGACAUUGACAUUAGUGACGUUUCGUUUUUGAAAGUAUUGUGAGUAUUGUGGUGUUAAAAUCAAAAGUUCUUUUUGUAAAAUAAUACUAAAAAUUCCAAAUGGAUACCUACGAAAGCGUAGUGCUAGUUAAACCUGAAGUAUUCGUUUUUAAUAUUCCACCAAGGUCAUCAAAUAGAAAUUACAGGGCUGCCGAUUGGAACUUAGCGGAACCGUCAUGGACAGGAAGAAUGAGAUUGAUUUCAAAAGGCAAUGAACUGUUUAUCAAAUUGGAGGAUAAGAACUCUGGGGAACUGUUUGCAAAAUGUCCCAUUGAUACCUACCCUGGAAUAGCCAUUGAACCUGUUAGUGAUUCGUCAAGAUACUUUGUUUUGCGUAUUAUGGAUGAUAAUGGCCGAACUGCUUUCAUUGGCAUUGGUUUUGGAGAUAGAUCAGACUCAUUCGACUUAAAUGUUGCUCUUCAAGACCACUUCAAAUGGGUGAAGAAGGAAAAACAAAUCAAUGAAGAACCCAGUGGACCAGGUUUGGAUCUUGGAUUUAAAGAAGGGGAAACAAUCAAAAUUAACAUGAAAAUAACAAAGAAAGAUGGUUCAGAGGGCAGUUCAAGGUCAAGAGUACAGACUACAGGUUGUGGUGGUCUGGGAUUAUUGCCACCUCCACCAAGUGGUAAAUUGCCAGCCCCACCAGGAAGUUCACCCACAGUGUCUCCUUCACAUGCAGCAGCCAAAACAAACCCAACUGGGGAUUCUUGGUCUGAAUUUAAAUCAGCUGAUGACAGUGCUUCCCAAAAUCAGCCUGCAUCAAACAGCAACUGGGUGCAGUUCUAAGUUCUUCUGACAGGUGAUAUGUUGUUAUUUAAAAAAAAUAUGCGCAGGUUAGAAUUUAUCCUAGGUAGUCUGAGGUGUGCUGUAUAAUUUAUCAUAACUAUAGGUAGUUAUAUAUCAUACAUAUAUGAUAGUAUCUGAAUAAUUUUUAUAAAAAGUGACCUUUUUCACAUGAUAUGUAUACAUUUUUAUAGCGUACCUUCUUUGCGAAUUAUAAAAUGAUUGAGAAUUAUAGCAAUUAAGAUAUAGAAUAGCUUGAUUUGAUACUUUAUAUACAUUCUUUUUAGCUUUCAUUACUCAUGUGAUGUCAUCAACCCUUUUUCUUCUAUUUUUAUUUAUCAGAAUGCAUAAUAGCAUAUUUUUUGUACGUUUAGUAUGUAGAGAAGAAUCCAUGUCAUUUUUUGCUCAUAAAGCACAGUACACACCUAUCGACACAAAUAUUUACACAAUCUUUUGUCUCUUUUGAGAAGUAUUACUCAAGAAGAGUAAGUUUUUUAGAACCUUGGAAUAAUCCAGGGAUCUGGAAAGCUUUUUAAUUAAUAUACUUGUCUAUAUUUGUCCAAAAACUCUGCCGACAAACGAAGACAGGAGAUUCUUCAGAUAAUUUUAAGACAAUUUAGCUCAAUUCACCUAAUUCGAAAUUGCUUCCUAAGGGAGCUAGAGUUCUUUGAAAAUGGCGUCUUGUAAUUAGUUUUUCUUAAAUACCUCCAGAACGCUUCAAUUUAUAAAAGCUGAAAUCGGUGCGUAUAUUUAUCUUCCAGAGAUAAAUCGAUUCCAUCCAUUGCGAAUUUCUAGUACCGAUCAUAGGCGUCCGUUUUGGGUAGGGCAACGGUUAUUUUAUCACAUAACUUUUUUGUCUUUAAUUUUUAAGCAUUUUUGACACUGGAUUAUUAAAUUGUGAGGUAUUCUAGUACUAAAAGGUACUCUUGCUUUAAGUCGGUAGAACACACGCUUUUCUAGAAAAAUCGAUUUGAAAAGUUUUCGUUUUUUGAAUUUGAAAAAAAAAUUUGUUCAAAGAAAAUAACGGUGUAUUUUACCAACUUAAAGUAAGAGUAACUUUUAGUACUAGAAUACCUCUUAACUUAAUAAUCUAGAGUCAAAAAUGCUUAAAAAUUAAGACAAAAAUGUUAUGCGAUAAAAUAACCGUCGACCUACCCAAAACGGACGCAUAUGACCCUUUACUAGUAAUUCGCAAUUAAUGAAAUCGAUUCAUCACUGAAAUAUAAAUAAACUGACCAGUUUUCGGAUUUCUAAAUAGUUCUUUUUUAAUUUUUUUUGGAAAUUCAGAAAAAGAAAAAUUUUCAAAUCGAUUUUUCUAGAAAACGGUGUAUUCUAUCGACUUAAAACAAGAGUACCUUUUAGUUGCAAAAUACCUCUCAGUUUAAUAAUCCAGUGUCAAAAAUACUUAAAAGUUAAAGAUAAAAUAUCUGUUGCCCUACCCAAAACGGACGCCUAUGACCGGUAAUAGAAAUUCGCAAUGCAUGAAAUCGAUUUAUCUGUGGAAGAUAAAUAUGUGUACCAAUUUUUAUUUUUCUCAAUAGACGCGUUCUGGAGCUAUUUAAGAGAAACUAAUUACAAGAAGCCAUCUUAAAAGAGCUCUAGCUCCCUUAGGAAGCAUUUUCAGACUAGGUGAAUUUGGUUAAAUUGUAUUAAAAUUAUCUGAGGAAUCUCCUGUCUUCGUUUGUCUGUAGAGUUUCUGGACACCCUGUAUAUGUGCUUAUAGAAAGAUAAUUUAUGUUUUCUACAGGAGAAUUAGAUUUCGUUUUUAGACAUUAACAAUUAAAUGCAAAAAUGCAUUUAUUUUUUUCAAAUUUUUACAUAUUUUUGUAUUUUGUUGCUUCGAAAACUUUAAAAUAUAUCAUUAAUUUAUUUAUAAGUCUUAUAAUUUUGCAUAGUUUGCAGUUUUCGGAACAAAAAAUUAAUUUUACAACUUUUAUAUCAAGCAAUUUUGAAGAUAUCUACUACUUAAGACAAAAUUUUGAGCUUUUGUUUCAAAAACUCACCUUUUAAUGGCAAAUAAAAGUUUGAAAAAUACUUUUUGUAGAAUUGAAAAGACUUUCUAGAUACCUUGAUUAUUUCAAAGUUACAAACAUGAUAUUUUUUACUUAUUUUGCUGAAUUAUAUGUUAUAUUGUAAUAGUUUAACCAUCAUUUUGCAUUGCUAUGGUAAAAACUUCAUUUCAGAGCGUAGGCGCGAAAUAUCGUUCCAAUGCAUUUUAAAUGCAUUCAGUUUUCGAAUCCUGAGAAGUCUAAUAAGUAUUUUGGAAAAAUUUAUACGCAGGAUGAAAGAUUACAUCUUUACCGAGUAGAAAGUCCCUGAAAACUUCUAUAAUGUUUAUUUUAAUAAGUUACAGGGGUGAAAAAGAAGAGAAAAUUGAGUGUGAUUUUUAAUUUCAAAUAUCUCAUUCAAAAGAAACUUUUUGUUUAUUCUAAUGGACUUUCUACCCUCGGUAAUAAUAUAGUCUUUCAUUCUGCGUUUAAAUUUUUCAAAAAUAUUUAUUAGUUUUUUCAGGAUUCGAAAAAAUAAACACCAUGUCCAUGGUAAUAUUUUCCAAAUCCAACAUUCGCUAUCUUUGUCAUACAACACACUCGGUCAAACAGAAUGCGAUGACAAGACAGUAGCAAACAAGGCUACUAAAUAUUUGACAAGACUUCAGGAAUAUUUUGAGUUGUUUAUUAAAUAAUAUUGAUAGUGUAUUUGAUUUAAGACGUGAAACUAAUAAAAGUUAUUGAUUGUUUAUUAUUUAUGGAAGAUCCAGGGUAUAUAAUCCAAUACACCAGGGUAUAUUCUGUGAUCCAAGUAUUUUGUUGUUAAAGAUGUUCAAAAUUUAUCUAAGCGUUCCAUAGUAACAAUAUUAGUAAAAUCACUUUAUCACUUUCUCUUUUCACGAUUAUUAGCUUUUAUUGUAUAGUAUAUAAAUUAAUUGUAAUCACGGAAUACAUAGUGAGUGAAAAAAUAAUCCUAUUAAUUAACUGAAUUAAUAAUCAUUUAAGCGAUUAUACAAAGAACGGUUAUCCAAGAACAUUCAAAAACUGAACGAAAUAGCCAUCUCUAUGUUAAUGAUGACAAUGUCUAUUGUUUACAUCUUCAUACCAGAGAGAACUUUACUACAUGUAAUUUGCCGUGUAAAGAAAGAAAAAAUAGGGAUAGCCCUAAAAUAUUUGCGCCUACGCUGUUAAGUACUAUUUAUUUAUAGUAAAUAUUAUCUACUUUUUAUGAAAAUUAUUCUGUUAAUUUCACUAAGAAUGUAAAGGAAAAUGGAACAAAUAGCCACUACAUCCAUUCAAAGUUGUAAUAUAUUAUAAUAACCUUAGUAAGAAGUUACUGUUCAUUUGUUUUUGUAAAAAUUCGCUAAUGUGUAUAUGCAGCAUAUAAAUGUUUUUUUACUUAUAAAUAUAUUGCUCAUGACUGUUUCUUAGUGGGUAACUAAUUCUUUUUAACUUUGGAAUCGUUUUAGGAGCUUGUUAUAAACAAUUUUUAGGAUUAUGUAUGUAAACUAAAAGUCAUACAAUUAGGCAUGCACGUCAUGGAUUUAAUGACAUCAUGAUCCACCGGUACAAACUUGACGGCAAACAAAUUCAACAAAGAUUUCCUCAUAUACAGUGAUGAGCGAGCUAAUAACCGGCAUAAUAACGCAAAAGAUAUAAAAUAUAUAUUAAGUUCUGAGAUAAAAAGAAAUGAAACUAGUAGAGUUGGGAAAUUUAGCGAUAAAGACGUAUAAAUUUACAUUAUAUUUAUUGUUUCCCACCUUCAGAGGUAUCAGAGGAGUAUGUCAACUAAAACUGUCACAUUGGCAGUUGCCAAACUCGUCCGAUACGUCUAAAGGUGGGAAACAAUAAAUAUAAUGUAAAUUUAGAGGUUUUUAUCGCUAAACUUCCAACCUCUACUAAAGUAUAAUUCAAUAAGCGAUGCAGGGCGAUGUAAAUAUUACCACGUGUAGGCCUCAACAGGGCCGCAUUUAGGAUUAUUUUUUGUUUAGUCAGAAUAUAUAUUAUCAUAUAAAAUACGAAAUUUAUAUUUUAAUUUUGCAAAAGUGCUCGACAAAGAACCUGAUUGUUUUAGUUGAUAUCCGAUAAUAGGAACCAUUUAUACAGGGCGAAAAACCCAAGAAUUUAUUUUUUUGCCAACAAUUUUAUGUACAGAGUGCCUACAAAAAAUAUAAGUUUUAUUUUUAAUUUUUGAUAUACUUAGUUGUGUGUACAAUUCCAAAAAGUUUCAUAAAAAUAAUAACAAAAAAAUACUCAUUACUCAAUUAUGUUGAAAUAAUAUACAAGGUGUC